CCCCCCUACACCCCUCCUGCGGGGGCUGGUGGUUCACAAACGUAGCUCGUCCCCGGCUGACGUUCCCGGAGACGGGAGCCUGGCGGCGGAGCGGCCCGGCCCUGCUGGGUGCUAGCUCCCGCGCCGGUCAGCGGCGGCGCUCGGCGCUCACCACCGCGGGGGGAUGCUGCCCCUCCGCCCGGCGCUGCUGCCCAAGCGAUACCGCGGCGGCUCGGCUCCGCGAUCGCGGCCGGGCCGCGGAGCCGCCCGAGCGGCGGCGGCGGGAGGAGCAGGAGGAGGAGGAGGGCGCGGCAGCGGCGCUGGCGCGGUUGGCGGGGCGACGGCGGCGCCGGGCCCGCGCGGCGGCGCUGUGGGCGGUGCGGGCCGGCUGCCGGUCCGGCGGCGCGGGCCGGGGUCGCCGCGGGCUGCCCGGAGGGGGGCGGAGCAGGAGCUGCGCGAGCCGCCGCGCUCGUGCGCGGGCUGGCCGGUAGGGGCCGUUGCCGCCACCCCCCGCAGGGGGAGGGGGGGCGGAGCCGGGCGCGGCGCGAGGCCGGGUCGCGCGGCGGCGGCGGCGCUUCUCCUGGCCCAGCCGGCGGCGGCGGCCCCCGCGGCGGUCAUGGCGGCCGUCCUGUCCCCGCGCCUCUGCGACAGCGACCCGGCCACGCCCGGCGCCCAGUCCUUGAAGGAUGACACAGAAGAAAAUUCCAAUGAUGGCAGCCAGCCAUCCAAAAGACGACGUAUGGGCUCAGGGGACAGUUCUCGGAGCUGUGAAACUUCUAGUCAAGACCUUGGGUACAGCUAUUUUCCUGCUGAAAAUUUGAUAGAAUACAAGUGGCCACCAGAUGAAACAGGAGAAUACUAUAUGCUUCAGGAGCAAGUCAGUGAAUAUUUGGGUGUGACUUCCUUUAAAAGAAAAUAUCCAGAUUUAGAAAGACGAGAUCUAUCUCACAAGGAGAAACUCUACCUCAGAGAACUAAAUGUUAUCACAGAAACUCAGUGCACACUAGGUCUAACAGCUUUGCGUAGUGAUGAAGUAAUUGAUCUUAUGAUUAAAGAAUACCCUGCCAAACAUGCUGAGUAUUCUGUUAUACUGCAAGAGAAAGAACGUCAGCGAAUAACAGAUCAUUAUAAAGAGUACUCUCAAAUGCAGCAGCAGAACACACAGAAAGUAGAAGCCAGUAAAGUUCCAGAAUAUAUUAAAAAAGCUGCCAAGAAAGCUGCAGAGUUCAACAGCAAUUUAAACCGAGAGCGGAUGGAAGAAAGACGAGCCUAUUUUGAUUUACAGACACAUAUUAUCCAGGUCCCUCAAGGAAAAUACAAAAUCUUACCUACAGAGAGAACAAAGGUUAGUCCUUAUCCAGUGGCUCUCAUACCCGGCCAGUUCCAGGAGUACUACAAAAGAUACUCUCCAGAUGAACUUCGUUACUUGCCAUUAAACACAGCUCUUUACGAACCUCCUUUGGAUCCAGAGCUGCCUGCAUUAGACAGUGAUGGAGAUUCAGAUGAUGCGGAGGAAGGGCGAGGUGAUGAAAAACGGAAAACCAAAGGCAAUUCGGACAAUUCGUCUGGCAAUGUAUCUGAAGGUGAUUGCGCCACAGACAACCAGGAGGAUUCUUUUCAGGGAAGACAAAAAACAAGAGACAAAAGUGCUACUCCAAGAAAAGAUGGUUCCAAACGUUCUGUAUUAUCCAAAUCAGUUCCUGGGUACAAGCCAAAGGCCAUUCCAAAUGCUAUAUGUGGAAUUUGUCUGAAGGGUAAGGAGUCCAACAAGAAAGGAAAAGCUGAAGCUCUUAUACAUUGCUCCCAGUGUGACAACAGUGGCCACCCUUCUUGCCUUGAUAUGACCCCGGAGCUUGUUGCUAUGAUUAAGACUUAUCCUUGGCAAUGUAUGGAGUGUAAAACAUGCAUUAUAUGUGGGCAGCCUCACCACGAAGAAGAAAUGAUGUUCUGUGAUGUGUGUGACCGUGGUUAUCACACUUUUUGUGUGGGGCUUGACGCUAUCCCUUCAGGUCGCUGGAUUUGUGAUUGUUGUCAGAAAGACUCUCCCGUACCCCGAAGAGGAGGAAGAAGGGGGAAAAACAGCAAGGAGGGCUAAAAAAACCCCAAAAACUUGCUGUUCAAAACUUAACUGCACAAAUUAAAG